AACCAAACGCUGCCACUUCUUUUAGGUUUAAGGUGUACGCGAUGGCGGAAAGAGUGCGAACUGGAUCUGCUGCUUCUAUCAAGGCAAAGAAGAACAAAUCUGCUCCUCCGCCAGUGUCUACAACUCUCAAAAAAAACAACAACGAUGAUCUACUAGCCAAGGAGCAAGAAUACAAACGACUGAAUGCAGAAUUGGAGGCAAAAACAGCUGAGCUUGUCCGUGAAGCUGAAGAAGUAAUGCGAGAGCAGCAAGAACUGCUGUCACGACCGGCUCUAACUCAGGUUAAGCUCUUUGAUGAAGAUCAAGACGAAAGCUUAAGGAUUCUGCUCUCUCCAGAGGUACCCGUUUUAACGCUUUCUCAUGUCAAGAAAAACAAUGGUCCCAAAUCCACCUCUAGGAGCAGGCCUCCUUCUGGAACCAAGGGAAAGAAAACCCCUUCUAGACCAGUAUCACGACCUCCGGAUGCACAAGUGGCAGAUGAUGUUGCAGUCCCUGCAGACAUCGCAGACUUCUCCCUGGCAAAAACCAUUAGCAAGAUUGAAUGCAAACUGGAUGAAGGGCAUCUGCCAGAGAAUACAGAAGAUGAUGUAAUCCCAGGAAUAAGCAGUGACAUCGGAGCAGAAGCACAGAUCAGAUUUCUGAAAGCAAAACUACGGGUCAUGCAGGAGGAGCUGGAUACCAUAACACAUGAAUGCAAUAAAAAGGAUGAUGAAAAUCGAAAUCUUCUCUCUCGAGCGAAAGAGCUUGAGGAAGAACGGGCACGUUUACAGAAGUCAGCCAACAUCCAGCAAACUCAAGCAGAGAAGUACAAACAUUUAGCCGAAGAAGCAAAUAAGAAAAGUGAUGGAUUACAAAAUCAGCUAUCCAUGCUGGAAAAGGAAGUAGAAAAUUUUAAGCGCGCACAGAAGCAGUCUGCAAUCAGUCAGAGUGCCGCAGAGGUUCGCCUGAAUAGGGCACUUGAAGAAGCAGAUAAAUAUAAAAUGGAGCUAAAUAAGCUGAAGCAAAGCAAUAAGGACACUGCUAACCAGGAGCGUAAAAAAAUCGAGGAGUUAAAGCUUGAAAACAAAAAACUGGAGAAACAGAAAGGAGAACUGAUGUCAGGGUUUAAGAAACAGCUCAAACUAAUAGACAUUUUAAAAAGACAAAAGAUGCAUAUAGAAUCUGCAAAGAUGCUUUCCUUUACAGAAGAAGAAUUUAUGAAAGCGCUGGAGUGGGGAAAUUCCUGAAUUGUGCCGAAACUCACCAUUUUUUUUCUUUGUAAAUAUUUGUUUACAAAACCUAUUACAGUGACUGUUA